UGCAUCAAAAAGAAGCUCUCCAAGACAAGCCAAUCCAAGCGCGCGCUCUGCUGUAGCAAUCCUUACUGCUGCGGCCGCUGAGCAAGCUAAGCGCGUCGUUCCGAGGCGCUAGUGAACGAAAUAACUCGGAUUACAAAGCGCCAAUAACCCAAGCUCGAGUGACAAUGGCACACCGACGGACCCAUCACGCCCGCGACAGUAGGUGAUACGCCAAAGACGUUUAGCGGCACGGGCACCUGCCCGUCCAGAGAAGACAGCGCUUACGUUUUCGACAGUGGGUUGAAAGAACGGCGGAUACAUUGCAGGACUCAUCGUUUCUCUGCCAAGAACCGCUAGGCGGAUGCGUCAGCUCACGAAGACGCCACAAAUUCCCGCGUGUUUUCUUCCCAAAAGACAGCAAAACAAGUAAAAUGUCAUCCCGUGAAGACGACAGGCAGGCAGCGGGUUUCGCGCCGCGGAAGCCUGCGUGACGGAUAUGUUUCGUUGUGAAGAUAAAGUCCGCGGCGCCGUAUUUAUAAGUGACCGGUCGUCGGACGACGACAUCGUUUUGUAUAGCGCGCUGAAGCCUGUGUUACGGCCGCCCAACUGCGGUUUUGACGCGUCCGCCAUCGACUUCGUGUGGAGCAACGUGGUCUGCGUGGCUCUCGCUCUUUGCGCCUUGCGACUUUUGCGGCUGCUGUCGGACCUCGGCCAGAGGCGUGCCAGCGAUCGUCGAAGCAGCGAGGACGACGGUGGUGGCGGCUGUCCUCUGGCGUAACCGUCGUUUGCCGCCGCUGCAUGGCCGCCCGCCGCGCCGAAGCCACUGCUCUCAGGAAGUCAUCUCCGCCGUGGCUGCUCCAGUCGCUGCGGGCGCGGUGACAUGUGGUACCUGAUGGAGAACGCUCAGCGUUCGUACACCCUUUCGGAGAGGCUGCUGCGCGCCAUCGGCGUGGGCCACCACACGGUUCCCGGCAUGAGGAGCGAGCAGGAGGGCAUCGAGGAGCUAAUACGUCAGGGCGCUGACGUGAACCAGUCGCACGGCACCUUCCUGCCGCUCCACUGCGCCUGCAUGGUGGGAGACGCCACGAGCGUCGCCGUGCUCCUCAAAUGGGGCGCAGAUGUAAACCGUUACGAUGGCUACCACCGCACGGCUCUCCACCACGCAGUGGAACGCAGUCCUCAGUGCACAUCGCUCCUCCUGGCGGCGGGUGCCGACACGGAGUCUGUCGAUGUCAACAGGGACACCCCGCUGCACUGGGCUGCCUUUCGGAACCGGGCCGACUGCUGCCGGCUGCUGCUGGAACACCGGGCACACGUGGACAGCCUCGACUUCAAUCACGACACGCCGCUCAGCUGGGCCGCUAUGAAGUUGUUUGACCCCCUCUGUGGUUCAAGGGUUCAAGGGAAUCUUCUUCUCGGAGUGCUUGCAUGCAUGAAGAUUACCACUCUGACUGACUGUAGCUCUGGAAUGCUACAGGGCAACUACCCAUCGGUGCGUGUCCUCCUUGAGCACAAUGCGUCGCCAGAUGUGCGUAACUACAGUGGCAUGGUGCCGUUGGCCCGCAUCGCCGUGCUCCUUGCUGCAGGGCUUGAAUCUUCUGACGAUGAGAGCGCCUUCGAACUUCUGCUGCGUGGAAUGGGACACGUCGAGUUGAGAGACCGUGACGGGGAGCUGCCAGCCGUGCUGGCGCGAGACAACAAGCUGCGGACACGGCUUCUCGCUGUCUGUUGCUCACCACGAUCGUUGAUGCAGCUUGGGCGACGGGCUGUGCGAUGCUACCUCGGCGCACAACACUUGCCGACAGUUGUGCCCCUGCUGCCAAUACCAACGCGACUACAGAGAUUCCUUCUGCUGGAAUUCUAAUAGCCCUCAUGUUGCGUGUCUGUCAUGUGUUUGUGCCUGCCAACAAACGAGCGUUUAGCUGAAGCUCCCACAAAGAAGUUUGGUUUGUAGCAGCAGGUGCCAAAAGUUUCCAUGCUGCUGUGAGAAAAGUGUCUCCGACCAUCUGCAGUUGUCAUGCAGGGUGUAAGAAAGUCAAGUAUAUGUGCUCUUUGGUGGGAUAAAUGGAGGAAGCCAAGGGAUGCAAUCAGCCUGACAGAACCAGCACAAAAGGUAUAGUUCAGCAUCACCUCAUCACAACAGCCUAGGCUAGAGGAAACAGUCUUGAGAUGCACAGCACCACAAUGUUUUAAUGAAACCUAUUGUGUGUUUUUGCAUUAGUGGCAUGUCCAGAACUCAGUUUCUACCUGCUUGUCCAAUUAAGAGUAUUUUGCAGCUGUUUUUUUCACGGUGCAGUUCAGGAAUGCAAUGAAUUUUGGGGAUUUUCAGUCAGUUUAACCAAUUCACUGACUUUUCUGUCACAGGUGAAGUGGACCAACUGACACUUACUUUGUUGAAUGGUACUUCGAUUAUAGUGAGUUGGCUAAUGUGUAUGUCACCAUAGGCAAUAGCAAGCUCAUACUGCAAUUCCUAUGCUGUUUGUGCUUGCAACAGGAGUGAAGAAUGCAGUUGCAGCUUCCUCUUACUGUUCCCAGUGAGUGAGGUUUAGGUGGAUUAGCCUGUGCACAGGUUGCACCCUCAGUGUUUUGUUUCUUCCCCAAUGGGAUUUCACUAGUAAUUUGCUAAUUCAGUAAAGUAUUGCUUUAAAUUGUGAAUAUGCUCUACAUGAGAAAUCAGACCUAUCACCCGUAACAGCACUGCGAGUGAGCAGUAAAAAAUUAUUGAAACGCACGAGAAAUUACCAGCAUGUACUGAUAUGCGUCAUUGCAGCAGCGGCUGUAUCUGGUAUGUGUGGCCAGUGUUAGGCAGCCACGAUCCCUGCUAUCUUUGUUGCAAGUUUUCUAUCUUGUAAUCAUUGAUGGCUUGAGUGACACUGCAUGGUGUCUACAACUACAUGCUGGCAGCUACAUCACUAGCACAAGUGGCAAAAGUGUUGUGCCACGCUCAGGAUGACUCAGCUGCUCACACCUCUGGCAUAGGGCUAGUCCUGCACUAUCAGUAGUUGGACACAGUCGCCUACUAUACAGUAGAACCCCGCUGUUGUGUUCCCGUGUGCUGCGUUUUCAGCUCUUCCCAGCAUAGCUCGCAUAGGAUCUAAUGCAUUCGGAAACCCGCUGCUGCGUCGCAACUGUGGCACCGUUCCCGCAUCAUGCGUUGCAAACCACCGGCUUGAGCUUGGCUUAGUGGCUUGACGACGGAAUUGACCAUCCAGAGUGCCGGGGGCGACACCCAUGCUGUAAUUUCGGUUUCUGCCAGCAAAAGCAUGCCCUUUGAGAUCCAUAUUUGCAAUCUAAAGAUGGUGUCUGUGACGCAUUAGGCCCCUAAAAUUGUUUUUGGCGCAUGCAUGUUUCGUAUAAAUUCCUAGGGUGAUAACAACGUCGCCGCACGCCGUAUGCUGUAUUUGCGAGUGAAAGUGUGCGAGGGGAGCAGAUGAUCCUGGCUCAAUCUUGCAUGCGCAAGAAAGGAAAGUGGGCAGGAAGCGCACCAUCUUCUAUUGCGCUCGAGGCACCGGGAUGAGGGGAGGGAUAGGGGACAGCAUUGUACUCUGGCAUUAACAGCGUACUGCGUGGGUGAUAUCUUGAAAGCGAUCUGCUUUGUGGACAGAGUCUAGGUGUGCCAACAGCUCAUACCGUUGUGCAUGCUGUGUUUUUGCCACUCAGUUUGCGCUGAAACAAUAGACAGCACCAAGGUCACUUCGCUCGCUGCUGCUGCGCUUCCUCACACCAGCGUUUUGACAGCGAGUGUCCACGGUCAUCGAGUUUCAUAUGUUCACAUUUGCCUGCGCGCUGACACCAUGUUUGUUAAUAUAGUUAAUAAGCAAAUGUUUACAAGUUUAUACGGACGAUAAAACUACUAUUCUUACUUUGCAUAGCUGUCUACUAAUUUGGCCAUCGCAAUCUAUGCUCGCCUUUCAAGCGAAACUGCAACAUUUUUUCAAAUGUAAGAGUUAAAAUAAAAUUGUGUGCAGUUCACCACUAUUCUCAAUUUUUCCUGUUUCUCGGCACUUGCGUUUCCCGACCCCUACUUUUUUUUUUACGGUCCCGUGAAAAACGUAUCAGCGGGGUUCUACUGUAUUCUGAAGCUGUGAAGUUCACUUCUACACUUGGUAGUCUGCCGUCUUCUGAUCACAUUUUAGAGAACAAGGGCUUUCAUGUGUACAGCACAUUGAACUGCCAAGACUUUCAUGCCAACAUCAACAGAGCACCUAUAAAGUUGCACAGGUAGUACGAUAUUACUCAAGUUGCCUGUGGUGACAAGGCCAUCUAAAUUCACAGGAUGUGCCAACUGUGAUCACAAUCGUGCAAGUGCAAACGCAGGCCAAUUUACUUGUGACAAGUUCUGUUAGGGCUCUGCAAAGUUGUGCAGCAACAAAAUUUGGCCACUGAUCCCAUGCUCCACUUACUUUUGGCUCUACGUGUACUGGACACAGCAGUGCAGUUUUAAUCGGGCAUGUUUGUGUGGUGUCAGUAAUAUUUCAUUUAGAGACAGAACUACAAAGCACUGUUUGUAAUUAAAGUAGUGUCAUGAGAUUUGCCCCUUCAUUUCCUGUGCUGAGAAAUGUUAAAAGGAACUUGAAGAAUUGCAUUCAGCCCCUGCAUGAAGUUCCUUAUGUAUACACUUUAUACAGGAAUUUGGCAAAAAGCAAGUUUAUUUUGAAGACAACUCGCCUAUGCAAAAAUAAAAUGGGGUGGGCCUUUUAUAAUUAGUGUUUAACUCCCAGGCAGUAUUUGCACAUAACAGCUAGUAGUAUUUAUACUUCCUUGGCAAUAAUCCAAAACACUAUUCUCCAACUUUUAUAUUGUUGACGGUACUCCGGUUAUACCCUGAACGAGCCAAUUCAAAAAAGACAUACUAUCCACCUGAUUAUGAUAUCCAAUGGGGCUGGUUGUGCACCAAAAGUUUUACUUCAUCAUUCAUCCCACCUAAAUAAAUCGGUGACCAACUCUAACCUCUGUUUAUCUGAAAUGUUUUUAUGGCUGUAUUUAUUUUUAAGUGAAAUGAAGCAGUUGCGGUUCUUAUUGUAGCCGGUGCGUUCCUAGAUUUAUGGCAUCGUUGAAGGCAACAGUGGUAUUCUUGAGGCUCUUACCAAACUGUGAGAUUAUGUCUGUGAUAGCAGUUCUCGUCUGAUUCUGGUGUCGCUGCAUUGUGCAAGAAGGCUGUGCCCCACCAGUCCAAAGGAUGUGCGUCUCGUUUUUCACUAAAGGCAUUGAAAGUCCUCUGUUAGCCUGGAGUGCAAGGGUCAUUAACCCAUUUUUUCCAGAACUGCCUUUUUUGCUAGUGGUGGCAGUAAGUGUGUGUGUGUAACUGGAAAUUGUGGUGUAAUGGCAACACCGAGCGCAGAACUUGUUUUCCUACUCUCCUUCGGCGACAAAUUUACCAAGUCAGUUUUCAUGUGCAGCCUGUUCUGAGAGCUCUUUCCCUCUCGUGCAGAGAGGAGUAUGUCAUGCAUUAUCUGCAUCAAAAGUUCCUACAAGGCUGUAGGAAGAAGCUGAAUGUUGACUAAAUAAAUGAAACU